AUGGAGAAGAAACGACUCGAAUCCGGAUGUGCGGCCGUGCUCCAAGGAAUGGCCGGCAAGAAAGUAGCCGUCGAGCUCCGCGACGAAGCGUAUGUGAUCGGAAUUCUGGAUAAUUGCGACUCCGAUUUGAACAUGCGCAUCCAGAAUGCGACGGUGAUUCGGAAUGCGCAAAAAACAGAGGAGCCCGAGUAUAUGGUGAUCGGAAGGCACGUAAGGUAAUGAAAAAGAGAGAGGAGGAAGUGCGCUCUACGGCCAAUAUUAACAGAUUCGUUCAUUUCGAGCACACGGUUGAUCCGGAGGCGGCGAUCCGACGGUGUCUGAAAGGAGCGAGAGCGGGGAAGCCGCAGCAGAACAGACGACUCGAUCAGAAGCAGUUCGACACCGGAAGAAAGACUGUCCAUCAGUGA